AUGUUCGAGAAUAGUAAUCUAGUUCUUCCACCGUACUACGGGUAUGUGCUACUUGACCUUGUUGGCGUUUUCAUGGAGCAGAUGUACUUUUCGGUACAGGUGAUGCGAGCCCGGCGUCGGUAUAACGUGCCGUACCCGAACCAGUUCGAGCAGAAAACAGAAGGUGUUUCCCGUUUCAACUGCAUCCAGCGGGCACACAUGCAGUUUAUGGAAACCUGUAUCUUCUUUGUUCCAGCGCUGCUGUUUGCUGGACUUGAGCAUCCUCGAGAGGCAGCUGCGUUCGGCUUGAUCUUCUUGAUCGGACGUCUCGUGUUUUUCCACGGAUAUGCGAGCGGCGAUCCUCAAAAGCGUCUGCGCGGUGCAUUUUACGUCAUAGGCGUGCUUGGAAACCUGGCUUUGUGUGUGCGGAGCGCGCUCAAGCACCUUGCGUAG